CGUCCUGCUUGUGUAUUCCAUUUAGGGUGUUGCAACAGAGCACAUCCGGGGUUGCAGUGUGGAUAAACAGCCGUUCUGUCCUGUUCUCCACAAAGUAGCAGCCAUGGCCCUACAGCAGACUCGGGCCUUUGCGGGCCGCACAUCGCUAAAGUCAGCUGCGAUGCCUGUUCGCGUCAGCAAGUUCAGCCGCGCGCGCACAGUUCUGGUGGAGGCGAGGCAGUUCAGGAAGUCACUGGGCGUGUUGGGCACCAAGGCUGGCAUGAUGUCCUACUUCACAGAGAAUGGCCUGUGUGUGCCUGCAACUGUUAUUGCGCUGGAGGAGGGCAAUGUGGUGACCCAGGUGAAGACCGAGGACACUGACGGCUACAAUGCCGUGCAAGUUGGAUACAAGGCUGUGGCCGAGAGGAAGGUUACAAAGCCUGAGCUUGGCCACUUGAAGAAGGCAGGCGUACAACCUAUGCGCCACCUGGUAGAGUUUAAGCUCAAGGAUCGCGCCACCGUCGAGUCCUACCAGCCUGGCCAGGAGCUGGACGUCUCUUCCCUGCUGAAAGAAGGGGAGGCCGUGGAUAUUGCCGGCGUCACCGUAGGCAAGGGUUUCCAAGGUACCAUCAAGCGGUGGCACCACAAGCGCGGUGCCAUGACCCACGGUUCCAAGUCCCACCGUGAGCAUGGCUCCAUCGGCUCUGCCACCACGCCUUCUCGCGUCUUCCCGGGCCUGAAGAUGGCUGGCCAGAUGGGCAACGUCCGCGCCACCGUCAAGAACCAGACGUUGCUCAAGGUCGACUCGGAGCGCCGCGCGCUGAUCGUCAAGGGCUCGGUUCCCGGCAAGGUUGGCAACGUGGUGGAGAUCACCCCCGCCAAGUUGGUCGGUGUUAACUGGUAAUUGGUAAACCACCGCCGACCUCUUACCACUGCUGCCUCCCAUCUACACAGCGUCCUACACUGAACGGUGCCCCUACACUGCCGUCAGUCGCGACGACUCCGGGUUUCCCGAGUGUGAGGUCAACGUCUACCCGUGUGGAAUUUGGGCUGACAACUGCGGCCCAAGGUACCCUCCACUGCAUAUCCUGUUGCUGAAGCGUAAAUUAUAUCGCCUGAGGGAUUGUUUUUGCGAGGGGGGGAUACAUGCAUAUGCCCGCGAAACGGCGCUUGUGAGACCCUGUGUGGCAACUGCUUGAGAAAUGUGGCAAGUGUGGUGAAUUCAAGCCUUUUGCUUGGAGCCUGCGGAUGGAUCCCGGAUCCCGGGUGCAGUACAGUGCCUCGAGCUCGAUGGUGCCGCAGGUGUUUUGAUGUUUUACACUCUUUGCAAGAUGUGUAACGAGGCGGGGCGGGGCGCGGGGGUAGGGGCGCUGAACGUUGCGAUCAGGCGGCAUGCUGUUAUAGCUGCCGGCGGCGGCGGUCUCUUGCCCUAGGUCUGCCAACCAGUAGAUCCCGGGGUGGUGCGCAUAGCUGUUGUAAAGUUUUGUAGAACCAGUGGUCGUUGUUUCUGUCCCAGCGACGGUGUGGGUGGUGGACUCUGGCGCUCAGGGUGCAGGACCGUUUUUAGGGCUGUGGGGUGUGUACGCGUCCACAUCCCCUUGAAGAAUGGAUAAGAGGGGGGCGUGCACUCGCUGACACGCUUCUUGCGUUCUUACCAGCUUCGGGGUGUGCGGGUUUCCAUCACGAAGGCUAUAGGUUUUGUCCCCCGUGGGGGCGAAGCACCUCCCACAGCAUUGGCCAUCAAGUCGCACAGUGGUGUAAUGACGCUUAACAGCGUUCCCUUUCCCGCCAUCUGUUCCUCAUCCCCAUCCCGUCUGCACAGUAAGUGCCCUAAAAUCCGCUGUUUGGGUCCAAUUUUGAACGUUUUGUCGGAUCCGAGGAAGGUCACUGAAGCAGAGCGCGUCCCUCUGUUGUGUGGAGCCACUGCCCGUCUGAGUCGCAGUCUCUGGGGGAAGGAAGGGAGGGAGUUCAGGAAACUGGGAGGCAGGAAAGUCGGUGAGAGGGAUGUUGCUAGGGGCGAUGUGGCCCCUUGUCAAUGUGCUUCUGCCGAGGAGAGGCGCGCUGCAUGUGUCCAUGGUGCCGGCAACCUGCAAACGGUGCCUUUUGACAAGGUCUUGAAGGUAAUAAAUCCUUUUUGGAUGGGCGGUCCAGGAGUCGUGGUGAUUAAGGGGCCCUUUUCCGGGGGACGCUUUUCCAUCGAGGCUGCGUUGUUGCGUCUGGCGGCAGCGUGUUGCUGGUCUAUGUAACAAGAAGGUGUUCAUU